CACAACAUAUAACCACACACACACACACACACACACACGCUCUCCUCACCUUGUACACGUUGAUGGGUUUAUCGAUGGCGAUGUAGAUCAGGUCUCCCAGAGCCAGGCUGGCAAUCAGCGCGUUGGGUCCGGUCCUCAUGCUUUUGUUCUGGUAGAUGAUCCUCAGCAGCGUGGCGUUCCCGAUGAUCCCCACGGCAAAGAUCACGCAGGACAGCACCGUGUUGAUGUACUUGAAGGCGGUGUUGAUGGAGGUGGCCUGCAGGCAGCUGGGGGGCGUCGGCGGGCGCCUCCGCGAUGACAACGAGGCGUUGGAUGGCGGCUUUCUCUCGUGCUUGUGUUUCAGCUUGUUGUGAUUUGGUUUUGCUUUCUCCAGCAGGGUCGGGGGUUUGAUGGCGGUUUCCUGGAGCAGAUUUGGAUCUCUAUGAGGCGGGUCGGUAACACGGCGGUCUGAAAGUUCUGAUGAGACGGUUCUUUGGGAUCCAACGGGGGGGAUGAAUGUCAAACACCAGCCUCUGUGAUCAUCGUGUUGGGACGCGGCCUGCCCCUGCUGUUGCCAUGGUGAUGAAAUAACUGUCACUGCGGCGGUGAUAACUUUGAAAACAGAAGUUGGUUUUCAAAAGGUGAAGAUGAACGCAGCAGUAAGAAAGGGACGGCACACCGGGUCCUUUCUACCGGAAAUCACCUCCAACCACAACAAAAUGAGGAAGAGUACUCAGCACGGCUGGAGGAAGCAGCAGCAGGAGCAGCUCCUCCCGCCUGGAUCAGGGUUAGAGAAAUCAGCUGAGGGUCUCUCUAAGGCGGAAAUCUCUCUGUUCAGAAACAGUCUGAAGCAGAACAUCUGUGUGGAGCUGCUCCAACAAGGAUUUCACAGGUCGUUCUCGGAGCUGUUCUUCCUGCUAGGCUCUGAUCAGCAGCGCAUAGCGGCGGAGGAGCCGGGAUCAGCCGGGCUUCCUCUUGAACAACAGUGGGACAAACUGGAGACUCUGAGACGACACCUGAGCCGGGCUGAGCAGGCUGAGAACACUUGCUCGUGGACGGUGGUGUGUGACCAGCGUUUGUUCCUGGCUCAGUUCUUCUCGUCUCCGGAGGAUGUCUGGCUCCGUUUACAUUUCUACCACAGCUGUGCAGACCGGGAGCGGGGGGGGCGAUCCAGACCGGCCACCGAGGCCCGGGCCUGCCUCGCUGAGGUCUACUUGCAGCUAGGUGAUCUGCAGGCAGCGCGGCAGCAGGCUGAUCUGUGUCUGCAGCAGGCGGAGGACAGAGACUGGCUGGACUCCUCCGAUCUGCCCCUGAGGCUCCGGGCCCUCAGAGCUCUGAGCAGCAUCUACAGCCGGUUGGCCGACGCUCCUCUGGAGGCCGAGGACUACAGCGAGGCCCUCAGACUGCUGCACAGGGGCCACAGCAUCGCUACUGAGGCUGAAGACAAAAAGCUUGAAUUUGAGGCCUUGCUUCGACUUGGACUGGCCUAUCAGAGUGCAGGAGACCAUGCCACAGCCAAACAGAUCUUCAACACCUGUAUGAAGAUCUGUGGGACGCUGCAGGAUGCUGAAGGACUGGGGAAGUCCUACAAGGCUAUGACCAAAUCUAUAGAGAGUGAGGGAAACACACAGGACACACUGGAGUGUCUGGAGAAGUUGGUGGACAUCUCUCGUGAGAACGGGCUGCCACGCAAUCUGGCCGAUGCCUUCCUCUGUCUCGGAAAUAUCUACUUCACAAUGCGUCAGUACAGCAGAGCCUGUGAGUUCUUCCUGCAGGGUUACCAAGUGUCCUGUGAGCUGGGAGACGUGCCUCUGCUGCAGAAAGCACAGGUGUUGGUGGGCACUGCUCAAGCUCGCUCUCUGAUCAGGAAGUUCGGCGCUGACGUGGAGUCGUCUUCGCCGGCCGCCCUGCAGCGCCUCGUGUCCUGGAAAGAGACGAGAGGACGAAAGGACGUCAGUGCUAAUGCCUGGCACUGACUUUACAAAAAUAAAAUCUAAAAUAAGAUACGUCAUCUGUGAUUUAGUUUCUUUUAAACUGCUGUACAAUUUUAAUAGAAUAUAUUGAAGAAAUAUACAUUUUCUACACUUUUCUUCAGUUUUUUGGUUGUUUGUAUUUUCAGCAAAAUACAAUUAAGAAAAUAAAGAAAUACAAAUGUUUUGUAAUUAUUAAGUCUUUUAUCAAAGGCAGAUUGUAUUUGCACCCGGUGUCCGUACCGUAGCUAACAAUGCUAUUUACAUUUUUUAAAUUGCUAUAUAUAUGUGCUAAACAAUUGCUAUUAUCAUCACAAGCUGUAUUGCUUUAUGUAGAAUUUGUUUACUAAAAAAGAGUAUGAUUAAUCACCUUCAUUUAUAUUCUUUCCUAAAAUACCUUCAUUAUAUUUUAUUUACGGUGUGUUGCUUAUACAUGUACUACGGUAAGUGCUGCGCCUCUGCUCCAGUCUUUACGGUGUGUUGCUUAUACAUGUACUACGGUAAGUGCUGCGCCUCUCCUCUAGUCGUUACGGUGUGUUGCUUAUACAUGUACUACGGUAAGUGCUGCGCCUCUCCUCUAGUCUUUACGG